CGGAGGGCGGCCGUCGGUGCGCCAGCGGCAGCGGAGACAGUCGGCCGGGCGGGCCCGCGCUGCGCGGUUGGACGGCACCGGUCAGUGGCGGCGCCGCUCCGAGCGGGGACGACAGCGGCGGACAUGGCCGGCGCUCCGGGAGCGGCGGCGAUGACGGCGGCGCCCGAGCUGGCGGCCGACAACGCCACCUCCGGCAGCCCGCUGCACGGCCUGCCGACGGCUCUGUUCCGCGAGAAGUGCCCCAUGGUGUGGAACAGCUCGGCCGGCUGCGACCUGGCCGCGCUCGGACAGUACGUCGCCGGAGACGAGGCCACGGUACUGGCCGAGGUGCGCCGGCUCGCCGAGCGGAUACACAACAGCCACGUGGACGACGCGUUCCUGGAGCGGAUCAGCAUGAACCGCAGCGUCAGCGACGGUGCCUACUACGCGCUGAUCGUGCUCUACGCCCACCUCAUCUGCUUCGGCGCCAUCGGCAACGGCCUGGUGGUGACGGCCGUGCUGCGCAAGGCGGCCAUGAAGACGGCGCGCAACAUGUUCAUCCUGAACCUGGCCGUCUCCGACCUGAUCCUCUGCCUGAUCACGAUGCCGCUGACGCUGAUGGAGAUCCUGUCGCGCUACUGGCCGCUGGGCGGCGACACGGCAUUCCUCUGCAAGCUGUUCGGCGGCCUGGAGGGCGUCUCGGUGUUCGUCUCGUCGCUCUCGAUCACGGCCAUCGCGCUCGACCGCUACCAGGUGAUCGUCUACCCGACGCGCAAGAGCCUGCAGCUGGCCGAGGUGUGCAUCAUCCUGGCCGGCGUGUGGACGCUGGCCGUGCUGCUCGCCUCGCCGCUGUUCGUGGUGCGGCGUCUGGAGCACCACCCGCUCAACCAGUCGCUGCCCGGACUGCCGGACGCCAUCGACUACUGCAUCGAGGACUGGUCGCUGGAGCGCGGCCGCGCCUACUACUCGCUCUUCAGCAUCCUCUGCCAGUACGUGGUGCCCAUCAUCACCGUCAGCAUCGCCUACGCCGGCAUCACGCGCAAGCUGCGCUUCCGCAUGUCCUCGAUGGCCAGCCGGACGGCGAGUGUGCGCGACGGCCGGGAGCAGCGCACGCGUCGCACCAACACCCUGCUGAUCGCCAUCUCGCUCAUCUACGCCGUCUCGUGGAUUCCGCUGAACGUCUGCAACCUGGUGUACGACCUGCUGGCGGUGCGCGACAGCAGCGCCGUGGAGAGCACACGCGUGGUGUACGCCGUCUGCCACAUGGUCGGCAUGUCGUCCGCCUGCUCCAACCCCAUCCUCUACGGCUGGCUCAACGACAACUUCCGGAAGGAGUUUGUGGAGCUGCUGCAGCGGGUCUGCCCGUGCGCGUGGCGGCGCGGCGGCGGCACCGAGACGACGGCCGCCGAACGGUCUCAGGGGCUGCUGCUGGUGGCCAGCCAGGCCACCGGCAGGAGCCAGGGCGGCUACGACACGCAGGAGACGCAGAUCACCCGCGACAGUCGCGGCGACAUACCGCUGCACCACUUGUGAGGACGUGGUCCGAGGCCUCCGCACAUUACACACAGAUCUCUGGUUGAGGCGGCAAAGUUCUGCCAGCUCCGCGGAGUUGCGAGGAGGGGUGAGGCUCCCGAGUCUGCGCCGGCCGAAACUCAACUCUAGUCAGCUGCUGACGGGUCUGCUCAGAGCACGUGACUCGUUCUCAUGUGCUCGACGGUCGUCUGAGAGUGUCAUCUUGCGAGCUUUAGGUCCGAAGUAUUGUUCACGCGGUGACACCAAGCCAGUCCCAGAUGAACUUAUCUCGCCCCGUUCUUAUGGGACGUCUAGUCAGGUGAAACUGCUAGUCCAUGGUGGGAUUUGUGGGACGGCAUGGUGGGACUUUGGAGCUGUCGCCUCCGACACCAUUCCUCCCCAGGGGCGAAAGGUAGGUACUAGGCGACUGGUUUCAUCACAAGCCGAGCAACGUUGGACAAUUGACGUGAAAACCGCUCAACGACUCCCGUCACCGAACGCGGCCGUUCGCUGUCGUGCAUGUGUUCAUUGUCAGCAGGUGGCCGGGCAGCGGGCCGCGCGGUGUGCCGCCUGGUCCUGUGUUUGUGGAUGACCGGGGUCGGGUCAGCAGGCGCAGGGCGCUGACCGGGGUCGGGUCGGCGGGCGCCGUUGGCCGGGAGCCUGUGUGAGCCCUCGGGGUCCCGGCCGACGGGCCGCCCGGCGACCAGCGCCGUCCGCGGGCGGGCUCUCCGUCACCCGGUCGUCUGUCGCCCGGGCCGCGGCCGUCACCCGGUGAUGGACACUUGACCGUCAGCUGUCGUUCGCUGUUGACUGUGCCCCGGAGUGUAAUGAAACGCUGUUGUAUGGCUGUAUCGGGUCCCAGCAGCGCCGUUGUAUCUCGAAUGAUUGCUGUCCAAAUGCGACAUCCUACUUUGGUGACAAAAUGUGACCUACUACAAACGAAGCACAGUGCAACCAGUCGUGUGGGUCGUCGCCUGCAGUGCGCUAUCGUAGCGCUGACACACUCGGAGGCGCGGCCCGACUACGUGCAGUGUGUAUGUCGCUGGUGUCCUACCGGGCGGCUCAUCAGACCGUGUUGAUCGGGGACCUCGCCGGCGUUCGAGCCCGAUCCCGGCCGCGGCUCUCCGGCCGGUGUCCGAGAAAUGGGCGCAUUGACGCGUCUCAUUGUCGAGGAAACUGAGGACGAUGUGGCGACGCCGAGUCGGCCCGACGAUCGGUAUUGACGUAUUGCUGUUAACUGUUGUUGCUGAAGUUAUAUGCUCAAACCCAGCCGACCGUGUCGCGGCUUCAACGACAAACGUGGUAUUUGUGAGCUGUCCGAAUGGCCAGACAUGCAUCUAUUUCCACAAUCAGUCGCACAUGUCCCACGCAGAACCGAAGCGUCAUUUUUUGUUAAAGGAAAAGGGCCACCUUUAACAUGGGGAUUGAAACUGAGAUAGCCAUCUUGUAGCCCGUGUCCGAAAACCUAUCUGUUUACCUCCUUACGGCCGAUUUCGGCCUCCAUUCUUAGUUAUCGGCAAUUUUAAAAGAAAAUACGCCAGGAAUGCGUCCUUAUCCCAGGAAUGCGUUCUUAUCCGACAAUACAGCCACCCGCGGCGAGGCUUUGGUUUUUUACCAAUCAGCUCCAACCAGCUCAGCUUUAACCAAUCAGCUUAUCUGACACAAUCCGACGAGUCUGUCUUCUGAACGCUGAUUGGCUUGAGUGUGACGUCAUCGCUAUGCCAUCAUACAGUAGGUGCCGUAGAGAGUAUCAACAUAGUACCAAUAUGUUAAAUAGUUUUAAAUACUUUUUCGCGAAUUGUGCACUUCUGGCACCAGUUUUAAAAAGAAAAUGAAAAA